AUGGCAUCUGGAGAGUGCCUUCUGCUAGACCUAGAAACAGAUAACUUAAUUCUCUACAACAUCUCUGUCAACCAGAGUGCAAACGUCUCCCUCCUUGGUGAUGACUGGUUCUACCCAGGGUUCCUCUACGCCAUCCCCACCAUCUACGGGAUCAUAAUUUUGAUAGGCCUGAUUGGCAAUAUCACGUUGAUUAAGAUCUUCUGUACUGUGAAAUCCAUGAGAAACGUCCCCAAUUUGUUCAUCUCCAGUUUGGCUCUGGGAGACCUGCUGCUUCUGGUGACUUGUGUGCCUGUGGAUGCCAGCAGGUACCUUGCUGACGAGUGGCUCUUUGGCAGAACUGGAUGCAAACUUAUCCCCUUCAUACAGCUCACUUCUGUAGGGGUGUCAGUCUUUACUCUCACUGCUCUCUCAGCUGACAGGUAUAAAGCUAUAGUAAGGCCAAUGGAGAUCCAAGCAUCCCAUGCACUGAUGAAGAUUUGUGUGAGAGCUGCUGUAAUCUGGAUUGUAUCUAUGUUGCUUGCCAUCCCUGAAGCAGUGUUUUCAGAUCUGCACCCUUUCCAUGACAAAGGGACUAAUAAAACCUUCAUCAGCUGUGCUCCUUACCCGCAUUCAGAUGGGCUGCAUCCUAAAAUUCACUCAAUGGCAUCAUUUUUCAUCUUUUAUAUCAUUCCCCUAUCUGUCAUUUCAGUGUAUUAUUAUUUCAUUGCUAAGAAUUUGAUCCGGAGCGCUUACAACAUCCCUGUGGAAGGAAACGUGCAUGUGAGGAAACAGAUUGAAUCCCGUAAGCGUCUGGCCAGGACGGUACUGGUCUUUGUGUGCCUCUUUGCCUUGUGCUGGCUUCCCACUCACAUAAUCUAUUUAUAUCGGUCCUACCACUACUCAGAAGUGGACACCUCAGUGCUGCAUUUCAUUGCCAGCAUCUGCGCUCGGAUCCUGGCAUUCACUAACUCUUGUGUCAACCCGUUUGCUCUCUACUUGCUCAGCAAGAGCUUUCGGAAACAGUUCAACAACCAGCUGCUGUGCUGCAGAGCUCGUCUCCUGAUACGGUCCCAGAGCAUGGCCAGGAGCACCACACGAAUGACCUCCCUCAAGAGCACCAACCAUUCACUGGCCACCUUCAGCCUUAUCAAUGGCAACCACAUCUGCCAUGAAGGCUAUGUCUAA